AUGUUAUCUUACUUUCGGAACACUUUGGAUUUUUCGUACUACAACAAUGCUAACGUGAAAGAGUCGCAUACACAGGCUAAAUUCUUGCAUAUUACAGAUCUGCACGUGGAUCCCUUUUAUAUGACUGGAAGCAAAAUUAGUACUGCGUGCCAUCAAAAAGAAAAAAAAUCAAAGAGCCCUGACAUAGGAGCUGGCCCUCUAGGUGACCGGGCAUGUGAUGCACCAGUGGGGUUGGCCAUGGCCACAUUGAAUUGGAUCAAGGACCAUCAUGGGGAUGAAAUUGAUUUUGUUGUCUGGACUGGCGAUAGUGCAAGACAUGACUCUGACAACAGUCUCAGACGCACUAAAGAGGAAAUAUAUGAUGUGAACAAAAACAUGUCAUUACUCAUGUACAAUACCUUUUCGCAAUCACCUCUAUCCUCCAAAAAAUCAAUACCGAUCAUUCCAACGUUUGGCAACAAUGACAUAUACCCUCACAACAUCCUCUACGGUGGCAACAAAGGAAAGAGAGUUUUUGAGAAAUUUUUAGACAUAUGGAAGCCUUUCAUACCUAAAGACCAAUAUGAGACCUUUCUUACAGGAGGUUACUUUGCUGUCGACGUGGUUCCCAACCAUCUCAAAGUAAUUUCGCUCAACACCAUGUACUUUUACAAUUCCAACGCAGCUGUUGACAGCUGUAGCAAGAAAUCAUCGCCUGGCCAUCAACAACUAGAAUGGCUACAAAAACAGCUACGUCAGACGAAGAAAGAAGGGACAAAAAUUGUCAUCAUUGGUCAUGUACCUCCCAUUCCCAAAGCUUAUUACAGCAGCUGUUACAGGCAAUAUAGCAAGCUGGCACUUAAGUACGACGGCGUCAUAUCUGGCCAUUUGUAUGGCCACCUAAACAUGGAUCAUUUUCUAAUACUGGGCGAUGAAGAUACAACAAAACAUGGUAAUCAGCAUGAAGAAGCUGCCUUAGCUGACGAUACUAUAAGCAUCAACCGCAACAUCCCAAAAUAUCUGAAAGCUCUACGGGACUCCUAUCGUUCCGUCAACUACGUCAAUGAUGGAAAGGUACAUCAUGCUGUGAUUAAUAUAUCCCCGUCGGUGAUUCCAGAGAUGAACCCAACCUUUCGAAUUUUUCGGUAUGAGGCAGAUGAGAAGGCGUCUACAUUUGGCGACCUGGUGGGAUACACACAAUGGUUUGCCAAUUUAACACACUGGAAUACCCACCAGCCAAAACAUAACGCAAAGUUAAUUCUUCAAGGAGAAAAUCAUGUUCUUUCUUCAAGGAAAGGUCACAAAGAUGAUAACAAUAAUGACAACGCAAAUAUACCUUACCUAGAGUACGAGGUCGAGUAUGAUACUUUGGAGGAUUACAAGAUGGAGGAUUUAUCGACCGACAGUUGGUUAAGCCUUGCACGCGACCUUGGUGGUGAAGGACAUACCUCAGAAGAACUCUGGAAUAAUUAUGCAUAUAGAAUGUUUGUACAGUCAAAGGAUGUGAAAGACCUUGCGUAGGCCAUAGAACUAUUGAAUUCAGAAGCGCGCGGAUGAAAGUGGC